CUCAACUGUCACUCUCGCUCGAGCGCACUUGUAGCGGUCUACUUUUCUCCCUCACAAAAAGACGUUUGUAUAGAGUUUUUACGUUAACAGAGAGACAACAAGGUCUUCCACGUCGGCCUGGCUAAUAUAUCGCGCCGUCUUUGGAGCAAACUUCACACCUGUUUACAGACUGAGAUGGAGAACUGAAGAGUUUAUCACAGGAGUUUUGGAAACGCGACGAAUCAUCGGCGGACCUUUCUCUCAGCUUGAGGGUCAUAGGUGGAUGUCGUAAAACAUGAAUGCUUUGGGAACCCCAAUGAAACUGAGCAAUGGGGUGGCCAGAUCGGACAGCAAGAUCAGUGCCAAGGCCCUCUUCGAACAACGCAAGAAAUACUCAAACUCAAAUGUCAUCAUGCAAGAGACGUCACAGUACCAUGUUCAGCAUCUCUCCACAUUCAUCAUGGAUAAGACAGAAUCCAUCGCGACGGUGGACGAUGCCAUUAAGAAACUAAUCCUGCUCGACUCCAAAGACAAAAUCUGGACGCAGGAUAUGCUGCUGCAGGUGACGGACAAAUCCAUCAAACUGCUCGACUGUGAGACCAAGGAGGAUCUUGAGGUGUUUCCGGUGAAUACAGUCCAGCACUGUCAGACGCUGCUGAAUCAGACGCGAUACCCCUCCGUCCUGCUGCUCGUUUGUCAAGACAAUGAACAGCACAAGCCAGACAUUCACUUCUUUUACUGCGACGAGGUGGAGGCAGAGAUGGUGCACGCUGACAUUGAUAGCGCUCUGGGAGACAAUAAACGCGGCAAGAAAACGCGACCACAGACGCUAAAAAUGAACCAAGAAAAGAUGAGACGCCAUAGAGAAACCAUCAUCCCGCCUUCUGAGCCUAAAAGCCCCAACAAUGGGGUCAAAGGUCGUGUGGCAGCUACAGAAAUAAAAGAUGAGAUAUUGCCGCUGGAUCCUGAGUCCAGUAUUAAACUCGCCCAGCGCAUUGAGAAGGAUGUGCAAAUCCUGAACUGUUCUUUGGAUGACAUUGAGCUUUUCGUGUCACGUCUUCAUAAAGCAGCUGAAGCUUUCGCUCAACUCAACCAGCGCAACAGGAGCAAGAAAAACAAGAAGAGAGGACCAGCAGAGGGGAUGUUGACUCUACGAGCCAAGCCUCCUUCAGAAGCCGAGUUUAUUGACUGUCUUCAGAAGCUGAAACUUUCUUUCAACCUGCUGGCCAAACUGAAGAAGCACAUUCAGAACCCCACUGCUUCAGAGCUUGUACACUUCCUGUUUGGACCCCUUGAAAUGAUCCUGCAGAAUUGCGGCAGUCCCGAUCUUAUGCGUGCAGUCAUCUCUCCUCAUCUAUCCCGGGACACAGUGGACUUCCUGAGAGGACAUCUGACUCCUAAAGAAAUUACCAUUUUUGAGCUGCUCGGAGAUGGAUGGACACGACCCAGAGCCGACUGGCCGAAAGAUCAGUGCGCUCCUCUCUAUGUCCCAAAGUUCCGGAACGGUUGGGAGCCGCCAGUGGAACUGUUCCGCACGUCACCAUGGGAGACGGAAUGCAUGGGGAUGCCGAGGUCCCCAGUGCAAUCAGAAUACAGGAAAGAAGAGUUCUUUGGAUCACAACCAUCACCCUUGUCAAACGGUUCUUACUCAUCGACUCCUGCUGCUCGCAAGUACGCAAAGAUCCGCUACCACUUUGUGGCACGUAACGCCAACGAGCUUUCAGUGCUACAGGAAGAAAUUCUAGAGGUGUUGGAGGAUGAUAAACAGUGGUGGAAGUUGCGGAACAGAAGCGGUCAGUCGGGUUACGUGCCCUAUAACAUCCUGGAUGUUGUGAAACUAGAGGAUCCUCAAGCAAUGGAUGACCCUCCCUACAGUCCGUCAUACAGAGGACAGUCACCCUCAAGUUCACUGGGUAGUGAGAAAGACGGUCACACUCACCAGAUGGAUAAAGUCAAUGAUGAGCUGCUAAUGUUGAUCACCAGCAACAAGGUUAAUCCGGCCACGAGGAACUUCAAGGUGGAGCGACAAUCUAGCUCCUCCAUCCCGCUGUCCUUCGACUCCAGUCCCGACCAGGUCACCACCUGGCUCAAUUCCAAGGGCUUCUCAAAACCUACGGUGGACCGUCUGGGCAUUCUGACAGGUGCUCAGAUCUUCUCUCUGAAUAAAGAUCAUCUGAAGGCCGUCUGUGGAGAUGAAGGCUCUCGAGUCUACAGUCAGAUCACUGUACAGAAAGCACAACUAGAGAAGAGUCGAGGAGACUCAGAAUUGCAGGAAAUCAUGAAGAAACGGCAAGAGAAAAUCGAAUCUUCCGCCAACUGAGUGCGCUCACGAGGAUUGUCAGUCCAAUAUUCACCUGGUAACAGUAACGACUAGACCCUCUGAAAAUAAUGAACUUAGAUGACAUGCUGUAGAUUCAGCCACGCUGCCGACCAAAUGCUGACCUAAUCCAAUAUAUUUAUACAAUUGUAUAUUUUUUGUUGCCGUUUUUUAUUAUCAGUGUAUGUACGGACCUUACUGUAAUUUAUCCACAGAAAUUAUUGCAUUUUAUUCAUGCUGGAAAACUCUUGUAAGCUUAUCAACUCUUUUAUCGUAUGAAAGCAAAGUAUGGGUGAAUCUCGUCAUCUCAGCCAAAAAAAACAAAUUUUUUGAUGACAUUAUUUUCAUUGCAAUUAAGCAAUUGUGCGUCAUUCCUGUAAUAUACAAUGAUUUGACUUGAUAUAUCAUAUUUGUUUUCAAAGUUCUGAGAUUUUGGUGAGAAAUGUGCUUAAUUGUCAUGAAAAUGUCACAAUGCAAACAAAAUUAAUGGUUCUAAAAAACUUUAAUCAAAAUAUAAUUAAAUUGUUUUUCCUUUUGAGGUUUGGGGUGAAAUAUGAUCUGGACGUGUUCUUGACAGGUUCACAAACCUGCAAAACACACAGAAUUUGUGUCCAUAAGGGGAGAGUGAAUGUUGUAUAGGGGUUUUGAUGCAUGUGUCUCUUUCCAAAAGAAAUAUGUCGCACUGCAUAUGUAAAUAACAUGCUUAAUCUAGUCUUUACAUGCAUGUUCUAAUGCUGAUCAUUAUCACAAAUGAAUGACGCGAGAACAGUAAAUUUAUCUACUGGAUUUGUGUGCAUCUUUUUUCCUCUUGAAAAUGAGUUUUUAAUCUGUUUUAUAAAGAGCAAACAACAACGGCAAAACAACAAAACAU